GCCCAUCACACACACACACACAUAAAAUCUCUCUCACAUUCUCACAACACAUAGGAGUCCUAUGUUAUAUAUAUAUAUAUAUGAGCAUUUGCAACACCUAAGUGAUAUCACCAACAACCAAACACUACUUACACAGCUUUUAAGAGGAACAAGAAUCUACAGAGAUUUUUUAAAGACAGUGAGAGGUAUGUCUAAAGAGAUUGAGCUUCCAGGUUUCAGAUUCCACCCAACCGAGGAGGAGCUUCUUGAUUACUACCUCAAGAACAUGGUUUACGGGAAGAUAUCGAAAGUUGAAGUCAUUGGUUUCCUCAACAUCUAUCGUCAUGAUCCAUGGGACUUACCUCUUUUAUCGAAAAUCGGCGAGAGAGAAUGGUAUUUCUUUGUGCCAAGAGAAAGGAAGCAUGGGAACGGAGGGAGACCAAGCAGGACAACAGAGAAAGGAUAUUGGAAAGCAACUGGAUCCGAUCGUAAAAUCAUUAGCUUGUCUGAGCCAAAACGUGUGAUUGGGCUCAAGAAGACCCUUGUGUUCUACAGAGGAAGAGCUCCUGGGGGAAGCAAGACUGAUUGGGUCAUGAACGAGUUCCGUAUGCCUGACAAUUGCACCUUACCAAAGGACGUUGUGCUUUGUAAGAUAUAUAGAAAAGCCACUUCACUGAAAGUAUUGGAGCAAAGAGCAGAGAUGGAAGCUAAGAUGAACCAAACAUGCCCAAACUCUCCUCUCUCGUCUUCCGAUACCAUUUCUUUCGUCGGAAUAGAGGAAGACUUGAUGAUGAACUCGUACCCUUUCCCUCAAGCAGUAACCAUGAAAGAAGCAAACAACAUCUUAAUGCUUCAAGGGCACGCCCAAAACGCAAAGAACGAGGAGAAACAGAGAGAAACAGAGAGAAAGGAACCAUCUUCAUCAGUGAAGCUGCCGUGUGGAGUCUUACCACUACCAGAGCUGCAAUUACCUAAACAAGGAUUCGAAUGGGGACAAGACCAGUUCUUGAGCAUAAGCCCAUGGCUUCAGAAUCUUACACCAAUAGUUAACCUAUUAAAUUUUUAGGAUAUGUAAAGAACACAUCUCAUACCAGAGGAUUAACUAUUCUUCCAUGUUAAACAGAGCUUGUAAGAUGUAAGAUGUAAGAUGUUUGGCUUUAGGUUCAGAAUACCAAAUAAUAUUUGUAUUUAUUUACCCAGCUUUACGUUUCUUUGUAACAUGAGAAAAUCCAAUGUAAUCAAAUUGUGAAAUUAGCAACAAUGCAGAAUUUUUUAAGCAAAAAAAGAA